UCUAGUGAUAUGAGAAACAGUCGCUUGCGAAUCUCUCGAGUCGUAUCUGGAGUGAGCGUGUGCGUCUGUCAGACACAAGAAGCUGGAUUCAGGAAACGGCUUGGGAAUUCUCGAGUGGCGCUGAAAGUGUUUCGGGGACUCCACACUCAAGUUAAUGCCAAUUCCUUGUAAGAGCGAUGCUUGUAGGAUCUCAGAACCUGGGACACCAUAGUUACAGAUAAACAUCUAUAAUAUCAUUUCCUGAAGAAGCAACGAUGAAUUGGUGCACCUUUGGUGGGAAAGUAUUUGUCUUUGUUAUUGUUAGCAGGUUUAUGGAAAAUGCUUUUCUGUCAGCUGAGGCAAUAGAUGGAGACAUUCUACCACCUACAAUUCAGAAGCUCAUGAAAGGAUAUAACAAAUAUCUGCGGCCUUUCUUUGACAAUGGACCAGUCACUGUUGGUAUGAGCCUGGAUAUUGCAAGUAUUGACACCAUAUCUGAAAUUAAUAUGGAUUAUACAGCUACUAUAUUUCUGAGACAACGCUGGACUGAUGAACGGCUCUGCUUUGAAGGAAAUAAGAGUUUGAGUUUGGAUGGACGACUAGUGGAGUUAUUAUGGGUGCCUGACACAUUUAUAGUGGAUUCCAAAAAAUCUUUCCUUCACGAUAUCACAGUGGAAAACAGGUUAAUACGAAUAUUUCCAAACGGAACUGUGCUUUAUGCAUUAAGGAUAACAACAACUGUUGCCUGCAACAUGGAUUUAACAAAAUACCCAAUGGAUAAACAGACAUGUACUCUUCAGUUAGAAAGCUGGGGUUACAAUGUCAAUGAUGUCAUGUUUUACUGGACAAGAGGAAAUGAUUCAGUGAGUGGGCUGGAUACAUUGCGCUUAGCCCAGUAUACUGUGGAAGAUUAUUAUACCUCAGUAUCAGAAGCCAUUUAUGAGACAGGACAGUACCCAAAAUUAAUAUUUCAUUUUGAGCUGAAAAGGAACAUUUUGUAUUUUAUACUUGAGACAUAUGUUCCAUCAAGUCUGCUUGUUGUACUUUCUUGGGUGUCUUUCUGGAUCAGCCAGUCUUCAGUUCCAGCCCGAAUAUGCAUAGGUGUCACCACAGUUUUGACAAUGACAACUCUGAUGAUGGGAGCCAGGACCUCGCUUCCAAAUGCUAACUGCUUCAUCAAGGCUAUUGAUGUGUAUUUGGGAAUUUGCUUCAGUUUUAUAUUUGGGGCUUUAAUUGAGUACGCAGUUGCACACUUCUGUACCCUUCAUCAUCCUGAUGCAGCUAAAAUUAUAUCGUAUGGACAUGAAUUGCAGAGAAUUGAGGAUGAGAUGAAUGGAGCAGUGAGAACAAUUACAAGAAACUCCCAAUGUCCCAAACCCCAAGAUGAUGACUCCAGUUUAAGUAAAUGUCCUCCCACAGAAAGUGAACCAAAAGGGGAACGUAAAGAACAAGAGGACCAGUGUGCUAAGGUUUCUUACCUUCUAAAGAAAGUGGUCUGCUUUUUAAACUGCUGUCAAGUUGAAAACCCACAUUACAUAGAUAAUUAUUCAAGACUGUCGUUCCCACUCUCGUUCAUCAUUGUGAAUCUGCUGUAUUGGAUGUAUUAUCUUUAUUUAUAAAAACUGUUGGAUUCACAAAAAAAUUAGGAAGCAAAAAAUUAAAUAAAAUAAUUUGCAAAGUGUAGUACAGAAAAUACUCUAGGAACCCAGAGUACUGUGUAUGCAGCUUGAGUUGCAGUGAGGCUGAAAGACAGGAAGCCGAUGUUUUUAAGGGUUGACACCUCACGCAUGUAAUCAUAUAAGAAAGCAACUCUGGAAUAAACCCUUUGGCUCAGUAUAUUUUCUAUAUUCUUUUGUGGAGUGAAAUGUACACAAGACGUAAUUCACUGUUUCAACUUAAUGUCCAUCAGAAAAUAAAGGGAAGUAGAGUAUUUAGCCAUUUAACUAUUUAUUUUUGUGCUUUUCGUAUGCUACAGCCACUGAAUGUACAAUCAAUGCAAACUGUUAAUAGGUUUUGCAUCCUUUAACAAACUAAUAUCUGUAAACGCAUUUCUGCCUGUGUAUACUUUAGUAUAAAACAAAUAAAUAAUGGUCUCAUCUUGUUUAGAUCAUAUUGAAUGUAUGCAAAGAAAACCUGAAAUAGCUUUAGUCUUUGUUUUCUGAAGCACCAGCUCCAUGUCCAUGUUUUGCAUUAUGGAUUAUAAGACACCACAACCUUGUCCGCAUGUCUGCAUGGCAUUCGUGAUAAUCAGCAUUCGCAUUAUCUACCCCUCAAAGGUAUCCCAAAGAGAAUAUGCAUUUUAAAUUUAUCAUGCAGUGCCCCUUUUGGAAAGAAAAUAUACCCUUUCAUAAAUAUACAGCAUGUGUUCUAAUGGACUGUCUGAUUUUUAAAAACCCUACAAAUUAAAAUUUUGUAUGAUUGUUAUAAUCAGUUGCUUGAUGUGUUAGUUGUAGGGAAUAAACAGUUGUGUUCCCUAUCAGCCCUUUGUGUGUAUGAAUGUUUCAACCCUGAAAAGAGCUACAUACUUUAUCUAACAAAAAAAAUCCCAAAUAAAUGAUUAUACAGCCCCUUUGGCAAGAAAACAACAUUUCUUUGUUUCAAGUACAGGUAUCCACUGCUUAAUGUUCACAAUACAUUCUGUGAAAUAUGAUGUUAUGUGAUUUGGACAGUGUGCGAACACUAUAUUAUAUCAGUACAUAUACAGUACUCAGGAAAGCUUUAUGAGAUACUGUAGUUUAGCUGAAUUGACUAAAUACACAGAGAUAAUGCUACAAUGAUCCAGAGAUGCAUGAUACAUGAGAUUGGGUGCUGCUGCCCAUGUGUCAAACCAUACUGUUAAAAUGAAAGUUCACAUCAAAAUAAUGAUAGCAAGUACAUUACAGUACUGGCCUUGCAAUCACUUUGUAUACAAGAGAGUUGAGAUUCACAUUUUGCGCAAGGGAAGCUGUUGCGUUUACUAAGUUAGAUUACGUAUGCAACAUCCUGUUCCCCAACCAGGAUUUCCAAACAUUAUGGGACCAAGAAAGUAUAUGCAGUCGGACAUUGCCUGAACACACAUUAUGUGGUGCAUAUCUGUAUUUGAUUUUGAAAAUAUGAACUAAAUCGACAUUCACACUUAAUUUCAGUUAUUAAUAAAGUUUUUAUUUCCAAUUUGUAAAAAUUACAUGUUUUUGAAAGAAGAAAAUUAACAAGCAAUAUUUUCACCUACAUAAUUGUUUUACUUGCUAGACCUAAUGAAGAAAAAGUAGAAACAUCUGACAAGUCUUCUGUAGUUAAAAAAUGAAAGUGACAAUUUUUGUUUUGGUCAUUCAGCAUUGAAAAACCUUACACAGUAGGAAGUGAAAUUUAAAAUAGUGCAAGAACAAAUGAAAAGAGGUGAUUGACUUCUCAGUCAUGGUAUUAUUAUUUUCUAAAUUACCCUGAAUAGGGUAUCUUCUAAAACAAGAGGCAAGAAAACCCCAGUCAUUGCUACACAGCAGUCAAGUAUUACGUGUAGUGACCUCAAUUAAUUCCAUGUGGGAUGAGGGAGGAAGUUGUCAAAUGCAAACACAUUGAGUACUUAAAAUUCUAUUUCCCUACAUGUUUAAUAAUAUCACUAGACAUAUAAAUACAGCUCCUAAAUAUAUUGAUAUUUUUGUUUCAGUGCAGAAGGAAUGUUACAUCAGAGCUUGCAGUGACUUGACAAGUGAAAUGUCUUCGAUUGAUUUUGAGCACUGGAGGCAACACUACUGCACUUUAUUUUAGCAUCCUUAUUAGUUAUUUGUCAGUCGGUUUAUUGAUUAGGGCUACAUAUGAUAAUAUUUAAAGCCACAUGCUGAUCUUUUAUGGGUUAUGAAUGCUCACUUGCAGAAAGAGACACCUUUCAUAUUCUGUUAUUCCUAAACAUCUUUGUGCUGUCUCAAUAUACAUGUACAAUAUUUUUGCUUUGCUUGCCAAGAAAAAUCUACAGUUUAUUCAUUUAUUUCUGUUUUGAUGAAACAUUCUUCAUGAUAAAAAGAAGUAUUGUAAAAGUUCCUAUUUUGUGAAUUUGUCAUUGAAAUUAGAUGUUAAUAUUUGCAGUGUGUUGUGCAAAUCUGUGAUUAUUCUUGCUUAUUCUUCUUCUUAUUUGUGAUCAUCGUGCAUUUUUUUAUGGCAUUUUAUACUGACAAAGACAGAGGGCACCUACAGGAAGAAAAUAUGCUAAAUGAUAAGCACAAUUAAAUUGAAUUCCAACUAGAUCCUUAUUUAUUGUAUUAUGAACUUUAUGAAGUGCCUUUACAAGAAUCAUUUUGCUCAUUGUAAAAGCAAAUACAUAUAUACAUUCUUAUAAGUCCAAUUCAUGGUGGGGGAGUGUAACCUAUUCUGGCCACACUGGGUGCAGGACAGCAAACCACUCUGGACAGGACCCAUUCGUGAUAGUGCCCACUAACUCAUGCAAAUACCCCCACUAACACUCAUACACAGCAAAUUAAAAUGAAAUUUAUACUGCAAAACUGAAUAGGCGCAGACAUGGAAAGAUGCAGCGUACCCUGUUCUGUUUGUAGCACGAUUAUAUGUGCAUAGCACUGUGUGCAGUUUCUCUUCAAAUGCAUCCAUGCUGUUGUUGUGUGGCAUAUGUUGACAAAAGACAGGUGUGCACUGGACUGUGCACACACAAAAUUCUGCGCAACAUGACUCCCAACAAAAUUUUUACAACAUGGACUCUUGCAGCUAUGCAGAUGCACAAAGUAUACAUGGACAUUUAGAGUUUCUAGUUAAUCUAAUCUGAGCAUCUCUGAGGAUGUGGGUCGAAAACCAGAGUACCUGGAAGAAAACUCGGUCAGAGGCAGAGAAAUGUGCAAACUCAUGGGUGAUGAACAGGUGUGGGAUUUAAACCUAAAAUUCUGGAUUCUGGAUUGAUUAAUCGGCAGUGAUAAGUAUUGUGCCACCAUGACACCCUAACAAAAUAAUUAUUGCACAUUUAAUAAUCAGUUGCAAUUUUGCAAUUAUUUAUAAAUAAAUUCCAAGGAUGCAGACUAAUAAGUAUUCAUGAAAUAUAAGAGCUUGCAUCUGCAACCUACUAGAUCCAAAGAGAUAACCUUGUACUUUUUUGUGCGGUCCUUUGUAGAUAAGGUGACCAGAAUUUUUUGGGCCAAUCUGGGGACAUAU